AUGACAGCCUGGACAGACGAUGAGUAUAUGAAUGCGCAUGGCGCGGUCUCGCUGCCUCCACGAGAGUACGUUCCUUACAGAACUCCCUCGACUCGAUCAAGAAAGUCACGACGUUCGGCACGUUCAAUCACUCCCCCGGCGAAGAAGAAGAUAUCGCCGUCUAGGAAUGGAAACGCAUCCAAACGUUCAUCAAAAGAUAUAACGACCGAUGAGCAAAUAAGUAUCCUUGAUCCGCGGCGCUUCACCCCUACGCUACACGCCAACUUAGUGUCUGAGAUCCUGUCACUACGAAGAGAUCAGGAAGAGAAAACCAGAGUAAUUGAGAGCCUCGAAAGCACGCUACAGACAAGCAGAGAGGAACAAGAGGCGUUACAGAACAGUAUCAACGCAUCGUCCAAAGAGACACGCUCGCUACAGCGACAGUUAUCUUUACUGGAGGGUGGAACUUCCUCAGCCUUGGGCGACCUUUCGCGAGAAAGGGAUGAAGCUGUUGACUCUGCAGCCGAUGUUAAAAAGCGCUUGGAGGCUGCUCAAAAGAAAAUUCGCAGCCAAGAGGAAGACUCCCAGCGAGUUCAUGAUUCAUGGGCUGAAGAAAAGGAGAUCUGGGAAGAUGAAAAACGCAAAUAUGAGCGGCGGAUUCACGUGGCGGAAAGCCGCCUCAAAAUAGUGCUUGAUGAGGUAGAGGCCUAUCAGGCUAACCACGUACAGGGAGCUGCCCAGCAGGGCAAUGGGCACGAGAGUGAAGGUGAAGACAGUGGUAGAGAAAAUGAUGCGGCUAGUGUCAGAACAAUGAGUCUCACGAGCAGUAUUCGGUACUCUCUGGCUAACGGACCCGGAUUUUCUCUCAACGGAUUCUCCCUGGCAGAUGAGCUCAAGUUCGACGAUACUGACGAGCAGACCGAUAUUGACGGACGUGACAGUGUCUUCUCGAGCCCACGAGUCGCGAGCCCACGACAACAUCGACGAACAUUUAGUCGCGAGAGUGUCAUUAGCAAGUUCCAUCGGAAGAACAAGAGCAUUGACAGCUUGAAGCGUACUAGCAGCAUCGCACGUGGUAGGGUUUUCAUGAAUCAGUCGGUUCUAGAGGCGCUCGAGGGCGAGGAUGAAGAAACAGAAGGAGAAGAUUCUCGUCCCGCUCUAGCUGCCGCCCCCUUUAUAAAGCCAUCAUACGCUGACGCGGGAGUUCAAUCUAUGCCUGCCUCCGAAAACUCAUACAACAACGCUGAGACCCAGUGCUCCCCUGUCCCCGAGCAUACGUACAGCGAUGCAAGCGUUCAAUGCUCCCCUGCUCCAGCUCCGGCUCCAGCUGCUAAGCCUUUACACAUUGACACAGGAAUUCAAUUCUCUCCUGUUGCUGAGCCUUCAUAUAGCGACGCUGGAAUCCAGUCUUCUCUUGCUUCUGAAAACCCAUACACCGACAUAGGAAUCCAGUACUCUCCUAUUUCUGAACACUCAUACGCCGAUGCGGGAGCUCAAUAUUCUGCACCACCUUCCCCUGUAUUGAAGGUUGUAGAACCUAUCGAGCCGGAAUCCGCCAUCUCGGAAGUAGUUGAAAAGAAAAUGGAGCCAAAGACCCCUCCACGUUCAUCCGAAGUCGAGGCAAAUCAGCGAAAGAAGCGUGUUAGCCUGCCUCUUACCAUCGAAACACCCGCUAUUCUCCAGCGCAUGGUAUCGUCUGCUUCCCAGACAGUUGAGAUUCCUUUGACACCUCCAAAGACGCCAAGUUCGCUGCUCGCCGUCCUUGAAUCUUCGCCUGUUGAAGUCAAAACACCAAAGGUUGAGCCAAAGAUGGUAACCUCGUCUACACAGACUGAGGCUGUUGCUGCUGCAGUGCCGCCUAAGCCGCUACCACCAAUAGACACACGCAUUCCGAGUAUUAGCAUCCAACCGCCAACCAGUCGGCCUGCGUCGCCGCAUACACCCAAGCUACCUCAACAUUUCAAAGACAUCGGCUGCCAAGUUAAUAUCCCUAUUAAAGUGGAUACAGUUGAUUCGUGCUCCCAGACGGAGGCAAUCCAAAUUGACAAGAGGCGGCUGGCCAAUUUACCAGCACAUCUUCAGCCCUCUUCUAUCACCUCACGGCCUACAUCCCCUCAUCCAUCGGGCGUUGCUGUUCUCGACAAGAGUGCUCUUCCUAGUAAUGUACCUCCUCGAAAUCCUCGACGAUUGGAGAGCAGCCGGUAUAGUACCGAACUCCCAUCUUCCCCUAUCAGUUUCUCGAUGGAUGGUCCAGAUGUGCACGAGUUCAAUGAUGAUCUUCUCCUCUCCAACCCACACGCUCCAAUAAUACCGCCUCGUCGAUUCAGCAGCCUCUUCUCCGGCUUCUACACUGAUUCAGAUGAAGUCGACGAAUUUGGAGAGCUAGACUUUAGUGAUUCUGAGUACCGAACAGCUUUAACGGCACCUAGACCUCCGUCCAACUUGAGCCGAACGGGCAAGCGAAGUUCUGUGGGUACAGUGGCGACCUCGCCGGAUCAGCAUUCCAAGCGCUCUGGCAGGACGUCUGCGAGAUCAGUGAGGAGUGACCUGUAUAGUGUUGAAGAAGAUGGUCUUAGAUCCGGCAGGUCCAGUAGGGCCACGGAGAAGUCACCUGUGCCUGCUGCAAGCACAUCGAGCCGUAACAACAACGCUAUACGCAAUGCUACCAUGGCUCAGACUGGUAUGGUCAACUAUCCUACCAUUGUUGAACCUAAGAAUCCACCACCAUUCCCUAUACCAGCCCGAGCGAGUUCACGGCGGCCUUCACGGCAGCCAUCUAUCAGUACUAGUAUUCCAAGUGAUGGACGCAGCACUCCAUCAAACACUAGCUACCAUCGUCGAAGCGGUAGCCGUACUUAUCAUGUCAAUAACGUUCGCCGUGUCCGCUCUGCAAAUCAACUGCCACGCCAUGAACGCCAUCAUAGGACAGGCAGUCGCACACCACCAUUGUCGCCAUCCACUGAAGCUCCUGACAGCCCUGGUCUCCCUCCCAUGCCUCGAAAUGACAUUACUACGCCGCAUAGGGGCGAAGACAGCAGCUAUAGAAAACAUCGCCACCAAUUAUCCAACAACACAGUUGUGACCGCCAACACAGAAGCCGCGUCACAGACGAGCUCACAAUCACCGGGAGUGGUGGAUGCGAUUGCCCAGACUAUGGUUGGAGAGUGGAUGUUUAAAUACGUUCGCAGAAGAAAAUCGUUUGGUGUUGGAGAUAGUGCGCAUAAAGACGAAAACAGCAACGAUAGGCACAAGCGAUGGGUUUGGAUAGCGCCUUAUGAGAGAGCUAUUCUGUGGAGCAGCAAGCAACCGUCUUCUGGUAGUGCUCUGUUAGGGAAAACGGGCCGCAAGCUGGCCAUCCAGUCGGUACUUGACGUCAAAGACGACAAUCCCUCGCCUAGGGGCAUUACUACACCCAUCUUCAACAGAUCAAUCUUGAUCCUCACGCCGCAGAGAGCCCUCAAGUUCACAGCUUCCACAUCAGAGAGACACUACCUCUGGCUGACAGCUUUAUCCUUCCUAGCCCAUUCUUACCAAGCAAUCCCUGACGUUAUAACUCCUCAGCCACAGCAACACCUUUCAGUUAAACAGCGGCCUCUUCCGAAUUUUGAACCACCAAAGCCUACCAAGCUUUCAAGAGGCGGGAUCCGAGAUUCCAUCCGGCUAGCUAAAGGUCGGGCCGUUGCGCCAAAGGCCGAGCUGGCCAGCAUGCCCAGCAUUCCUGAUGUCCCGACAUUGAGAAUGGGUGAUGUAGCCAGCUUUAGAGUGGCAGAAUCCGUAUCCGGGCCUGGACACGCUAGGGAAGAAUCCGUGGACGCUGCCCAGCCACCCAUGAUACGUCGCUUCAAUAACGAGCGUACAGGCCAUAACCAGACGCAUCACGGCCGCAAGCGAAGCAAUACGGGAGGCAAUGUACACCCGCCACUAUCCUUCCGAGGCUUCUCACCAUCUCUGGGUGAGAGCAGCCACCAUUCUACAAACAGCACAGCCGGCGCCAGUAUUGAUACUGCUGGCUCUUCUGAUAUAUACGCUUCCCAGGGCUCUACCAUUGGAAGCUGGGGCAUAGCUCAAUCAUCCGUGUCGGCAGUGUCAUCACAAGGCAACUUCUUUGAUGCAAUCGGCACUGUGCGAAUGGAAGCAUUCAUUAGCCCUCAUGCUCACCAACAAUACGAUGAAUACCCUGAGGGUGACUAUAGAUCGCUUGCACGGAAGAAGAGCAAGGAAUUUCGCCGACGUACGAGCCGGCAUCGACGUCGAGCCCAAAUGUCUAGAAGUGCGCGAGGAUCUGAUGAAUUCUUUAACGGAAACAAGACAGCGGGAGAAGAAGACUUUUUCCAAGACGAUCCCUUUAGCGGCUUUUAA